UAAAGUCCAAGCACAUGGGAGGUCGCAGUUUAGCACGCGCCAAAAUGCCAAAUGUGUUUGUGUCUGGUGGUGGGCCCCAACACUCAGUCAAACACACCGGCCACUAUUUUUUCAUGUUCAUACUGGAGGCCAAGUCUGGGGGCAGCACUAAAGCUGGAUGAGUUGAGCAGACAGUGCUGGCCCAAACAGACGAGCACAGACUGCUUGUCCAAAGUCCAGAGCCAUGUUGGAAGAGGAGGCCUCGCCGGAGAUGCAAAAGAAAGCACAGGAAGCUCAAUUAUUAGCCAAAGACCUCGUAAUUUUUGCAUGCCGCCCAGGUUAUUUGUGACUUAAGGAGUUUGCAAAGGCUCACUGUGAGGCCUACCAGGACGUGCUGGAGCAGGUGAUGCAGAAGGUCUCUCGGGUUCUCAACGAGCGUGUAGCUCAAGAUGAAGCGGACGCGCCUGCACUUGGCCGAAUCAUGACCGAGCCUGUCUACAACCCUGAUGAUGAGGACUUGCCGCUGCGGCCCACAGACAAUAUCCUCCUCCGUCGUGAUUCCAGGUGCAUCAUCAUGGAUGCCUUCGAGCUUGGUCGGGAGUUCCCUGAGGUGGAAAUCGAUCCGCGGCUCGUCUUCGACAACCCCACCAUCGAAUCCCUGAGUCAAGCCAUCGUUGAUCUUCCCAAGACCCAACGCACCAAGAGCGUGGAGAGCGCUAGUACUGCACAGCCAGGUGUGACCUUGACUUCGGUGGCUUUCACUCAGAUCACUGGGACGGGUGAGAUGGCCCCUUGCAGCUACAGACCCCGGGGUGGAGAGGCCUCCCGGUAUUAUCGCAGCACUGAUGGGAUGGAGAGUAUCCUCCUCCCUGCUAGCAUGGCGCGGAUUGGAGAUGAUACCAACUGCCCGACAGCGCGGGAGAACGAAGGACCCUCUCAUGUCGUGGAACUCAGUAGUUUCUUGAUGGAUAUCGAGCCUGUAAGUUUGGGCGCCUACGCGCGGUUCCUGAAUUUGACACAGCCAAGUCAAGAUGAGCUCUUUGACUUCUGCCUUUUACCUGCUGAAGAUGCAAGAUGUUGCCAUAUACCACUGACGUUGGGCGAGGAGGGGUGGCAGGUGAAACCCGGCGUGCCACCUAACUGGCCAAUGAUUCUGGUGUCCUGGUAUGGCGCCAAUGCAUACGCUCUCUGGGCCCAUGGAGAAGACUGGCGCAGCUACAAGACCGCCAGCAAGAGCUUCCUCCCGACAGAGGCUCAGUGGGAGUAUGCUGCGCGGGGCCCUGAGACCAUGCAGUUCCCUUGGGGAAAUGAUGAUGCCACGCCUGAUUUGCUCAAUGUCUGCUGGGACGCUAGCACGUAUGAUAGCAAGGGCAACGUCACGGCUCAUGUGGCAACUCCAUUGGAAGAGCUUCCUUUGGUGGGCGUCAAUGUCUUGAUGGGGGUCUCCCCCUUUGGUCUUCGAGGGAUGGCGGGCAAUGUGUGGCAGUGGUGCCGCGACACCUACCACACAAACUUCUACAUGUGCACAGAGGCCAGUGACAAAGAUGCCUGGAAUGCGGAGGAAGAAGAAGGUGCCCUGAAGAGCGAGCGUGGAGGUAGCUGGGUUGGCCCAGCCUCGUUGGCACGCAGCAGCUACCGUCGUGGGCGGCACCCCUGCGCCAAGGGCCGUUGCUUGGGCUUCCGGUGUUGUGCACCGGGCCACUUCGUGGACGGCCCCGGUGAUUAAUCUCGGUGGUAUUGGGCUGAAGGAGUGCCAGGUGCCAACUGAGGUCAGGCGGCCACAUUUCGGCACAUAGCGCCGUGUGCGAAGGAUCAAACAACCUUUGGACUCUGGACCUUCAACCACUUUGAAAGGUUGAGUGAUAGUCAGAUGGUCCGAUUUUGGAUGCCAGCAGGGUCUUGCACAGUUCAUGGGUUGAAAGAUUCUAUUCUUGAUGAAGAGGGGUUCAACAAAGCCAUGGAUGUUCAUUCAGAGUAAGGGUUCACACGCAGUCGAUGGCGCUGGAAUCUUCCCAUCAUUUCACUCGUGACGAGUUCCAGACGCAUGCUGGCACCUCAACAACGAUUGAGUGGUUUUGCGCCAGCCGUUCCAGAUUGCAAUUCAGAAAUGACGUUUUCUGAAAGAGGAUGUGCAAAUGGAUAGUCUACGCU